GUUCACGGUGGUUGGUCAAGUUGGAGUGCAUGGAAUUCCUGUAAUAAACCCUGUGGAACCGGUUUUCAAGAGCGUUCUCGGAGUUGUACGAGCCCCGCGCCUAGUUUUGGCGGGAAACCAUGCAAAGGAGCAGCGCGGCAAAAUAACGAGUGUAAUACGCAUGCGUGUCCAGUUGAUGGCGGUUGGUCAAGCUGGUCUGUGUCGACCCCCUGUAGCGUUACUUGUGGCAGUGGAGUAGAAAUCCUUUCUCGUACCUGCACAAAUCCCGCACCUAAACAUGGCGGAAGAUCUUGCUCUGGGGCGGGGCGAAAGGAACAGGCAUGUAGUAAGAACCCUUGCCCAAUUCAUGGCGGAUGGUCAAGCUGGUCUGUGUCGACAUCAUGUAGCGUUACUUGUGGUAGUGGAGUGGAAAUUCUUUCUCGUAGUUGCACGAAUCCCGCGCCUAAAUAUGGCGGACGAUCUUGCCAAGGAGAUGCCCAGAAACAACAAGCGUGCAUAAAGAAACCCUGUCCAAUUCAUGGCGGAUGGUCUAGCUGGUAUGUGGCAAAACCUUGCAGCGUAUCUUGUGGCAGUGGAGUAGCAAUCCAUUCUCGCUCUUGUACAAAUCCUGCGCCAAAACAUGGCGGAAAACCUUGCAAUGGACACGCACAGAAACAACAGGCGUGUACAGAGGACCCUUGUCCAAUCGACGGUGGUUGGUCAAGUUGGAGUGACUGGAAGCCCUGUAGUAAAUCCUGUGGAACCGGUAUUCAGGAACACUCAAGGAGCUGCACGCGACCUACGCCCAGUUAUGGCGGGAAAUCUUGCGAUGGAGAAGCGCGGGAAAGCCGUUGGUGCAAUACACAUUCAUGCCCUGUGGAUGGCGGCUGGAGUGCUUGGAGCUUUUGGUCUCCCUGUGAUAAACUCUGUGGUGGUGGCGUCAGAGAACGCAUUCGUUCCUGUACAAAUCCACCUCCCUUUAGUGGUGGGAAAGGCUGUGGCUCGCACUAUCAUGAGUCUAAGGAGUGUGCUGUAAAUAAAUGCCCAGUUGAUGGUGGUUGGUCAAGCUGGAGCACAUGGACGCCUUGUAAUCGAUCCUGCGGAACAGGUUUUCAGGAGCGCUCUCGGAGCUGCACCGAACCGGCGCCCAGACAUGGCGGGAAAGAGUGCCACGGGGAUCCGCAGGAAAGGCAUGAGUGCAACACGCACUCGUGCCCCGUGGACGGCGGUUGGAGUGUCUGGGGUUCUUGGUCUUCCUGUGGGAAAACUUGUGGUGGUGGCGUGAUAGAACGCUUUCGUUCCUGUACAAACCCACCUCCCUUUAAUGGUGGGAAAGGCUGUGGCUCAGACUAUCAUGAGUCAAAGGAGUGUGCUGUAAAUAAAUGCCCAGUUGAUGGUGGUUGGUCAAGCUGGAGCACAUGGACGCCUUGUAAUCGAUCCUGCGGAACAGGUUUUCAGGAGCGCUCUCGGAGCUGCACCGAACCGGCGCCCAGACAUGGCGGGAAAGAGUGCCACGGGGAUCCGCAGGAAAGGCAUGAGUGCAACACGCACUCGUGCCCCGUGGACGGCGGUUGGAGUGUCUGGGGUUCUUGGUCUUCCUGUGGGAAAACUUGUGGUGGUGGCGUGAUAGAACGCUUUCGUUCCUGUACAAACCCACCUCCCUUUAAUGGUGGGAAAGGCUGUGGCUCAGACUAUCAUGAGUCAAAGGAGUGUGCUGUAAAUAAAUGCCCAGUCAAUGGUGGUUGGUCUAAAUGGAGCAACUGGACGGAAUGCAGCGUGACAUGUGGCGCUGGUAUAAUGUCACGCGAGCGGCACUGCGACAAUCCUGCACCGGCCAACGGUGGAAGUCUUUGUGAAGGAAGACACAGGGAUACAAAGUCGUGCGUCACUGGUGAAGUUUGUAUAGGUAGGUGUUAAGUCCAGUCCGUGGUCUUUCAGUAACCUAAGACCAUUUCUUUUUACUUUUUUUGGAGGGAGGGAGGCAUAGGGGUAGAAAGUUGGGACGAAGGGAGGGAGGGAAGAAUAAAGACGUUUGGAAAGUCUUGGUUUUUGUUGUGGGAGGAAAACCAGAGAACUCAGAUAAAAACCCUCGCAGCAAGGGCGAGAACGAAUUCAAUAAAAAAAACAAAGAAAGGGAGGGAGCUGUGUGAACAAAACAAUAGGCUCUGUUGGGAUUUGUAACCAUGAAUUCAAAGUCAGUGAUGGUCCUAGGUUAGAAUACAUGUAACCUUCCUUGAGCAACCAGGCCGUGUUGUUUAUUUAGCGCUUUACGUGUAAUGCAAGUCUAUUAAAUAAUUGUGUGAGGUGCGGUGGCCUCGUGGUUACUGUCCUGGACUCCAGAUCCAGUGGUCCAGGUUUGAGCCCUGGCCGAGGACAUCGUGUUGUGUUCUUGGGCAAGA